UGUUGUGGUCCAAAUUGAUUGACAAGGUACUAUUUUUUUUGUAUGUGCAUUUCAGCUGUCUUCCAUGAUGGAGGAGUUUAUCAAAAAGACUGUAGAAAAUGAGGAGAGGAGAAAAAUAAGACUGAGAAACAUACAACUCAAAGUGCAUGUUCUAAAACCAGAUGACCCAGAAGAGAACCUUAUCAAAGAAUGCAUUAACAAAGAACACAAACAAACAUUCAGGACCACAAAUUGUUCUAGUUUACAAGACCAAAAAAGAGGAUAUAAUAUUUUCCGUUGCAGAAGAUCUGGAAACGUUUUUGAAAGAAGUCACAGAACUGUGGGAUGUAAAGCAUACAUUUCAUUUAAAAUAAGACAUGAUUGGAAAGGACACAAAAUUGUUGUGCAGAGAAUAUUUAACCAACACAAUGGGCAUGAUAUUUCUGAAGAAGAUGGUCAUUUUCAGCAAAUUAACCCUCAGUUAGUGGAGCAGAUUAAGAAGUGGAUCACAUUAGGGGUAAAACCAGAUGUCAUCCUUCUUCAAGCUAAUGAGUGGUCAAAAGCCAAAGGAGCAGCUAAUUAUCAUUCCAGAGAAUACUUUGUUACACCAGAAGACAUACAUAAUAUCCGUACUAGCAUGCUUCGAGGGAAACACCUAGAUAAAGAUGAUUGUAAGAGUACAGACAAGCUAUUAACUGGUCCUUUCAAAGAUGAUGUCAUAUUUUAUCAGCCACUGGGUAAGGAUCAGGACCUUAUUAUUGUUCUCCAGACUGAGUUCAUGAGAAAAGACUUACAAGACUAUGGGAGUAACAUUUUGUUUUUUGAUGCUACACACUGUGUGAAUCAAUAUUCCUUUCCACUCUAUACAUUGCUUGUGAGAGAUGACCAUGGUCAUGGUGUUCCUGUUGCAUACAUAAUAACGAGCAGGGAGACCCAAGAAACCCUUAAGCUUGCACUUCAGAGGCUACGACCUGUGUUCCCUAAGCCGCCAAGGUGCUUCAUGGUUGACAAAGACAUGAGUGAAAUUAAUGCUUUGAAUGAAGUUUUCCCUGAAUCUGAUGUUCUUCUCUGCUGGUACCAUGUACUUCAGGCUGUCGUUCGGUGGUUGAUGAAGACCGAAUCUGGUGUUACUGGGCCACACUUCUCAAAUACCCGGAGAGAAAUUCUAGAUUUCUUUAAAAAAAUGAAAGCUUGUGCAACGAAGACUGACUUUGAAAGGGUUGCAAAAAAAUUUCUUAGCAACUUUUCUCACUACCAAGAGGUUUGCAAGUACUUCCAGAGGUACUGGGAACCAAUAAGUCAAAGAUGGGCUGAUUUUGGUCGUUGUUAUAACCAUGGGAAUUCAGAGACCAACAAUUUAAUAGAAAGGUUUUUUCAUCGACUGAAAUACCAGUUCUUAUCCGGUAUAAGAAAUCGACGUUUAGAUGACUUGCUUGAUGUCCUCCUUCGCAAGACGGAGACUUACUUUCAGGUGAUAAAACACCUGCAGUCAGCUGGAAGAAUGCCAAACUCUGUUGCCAUGAAGUCAGAGGAAACAUUUAAUAAGGCAACAGGAAUGCUGGAAAAAGGCUGGUCUGACAACAUAACAAGACAAUCUUCAGAAAUAUACAUGUAUAAUGUGCCAUCUGAACAAGACCCCUCACUUUUCUAUAGGACCUGCCCCGCGGAGUGCUUCUGCAGUUGCCCUGUUGGUUUGAGAGGUCAAAAAUGCAAACAUUUGGUUUUUCUAGAUGUACUUAACGAAAAGGAUGAUGCGGCAUUCCCUAAACUUGCUCUUCAGCUGGAAGCUCAUGUGAAAGCUUUACAAGAAAAAGCUCACUUCAAUGUCCAUUGCGACAUAAAGAUGGAAAUCAGUCACAACAGCUGUUUGGAAUGA